CUCUCACUCUCUCUCUCUCUCUCUCUCUCUCUCUCUCUCUCUCUCUCUCUCUCGCUCCCAAUGUCACCAGGCGGACUGUAGCCCAAGUGUCACUCAUCUACAGCUCAUGCAGAUGGGAUCGGUCUUUAUUUUUUCUUCAUUUCAGCCGGAUUAUGAAAGCUACUCCCGCGCACUGGGGCGUCUGGAGCGGAGGGACGGAGGCGAGGAGCCCGGCACAGGGCCAGAGAAUGGGGUGAUGAGGACUCUCCUCUUCUGAUUUCAAUGCAGAUGACCAGUGAUGGCCACAGCAUCACCUCAACAUUUGUUGGAUGACACAAUAAACACAGGACAACCCCAACAACAGGAACAACAGCAGCAAGAAGAAUUCCUGAGCUCACUGGAGACGAUUGCUCUCACCAUCUUCCUCUCCAUCAUUAUUAUCAUGACAGUGUUUGGCAAUCUGCUGGUAAUGGUGGCCCUCUGCAAGGACAGACAUCUACGGAAGAAGAAGACCAACUACUUCAUUGUGUCGCUGGCGUUUGCUGACUUGCUGGUUGCGCUGGUUGUGAUGCCCUUUGCUGCGAUUGAGUUGACAACCGGCCAGUGGGGGUACGGAGAGAUCUUCUGCCUCGUCCGAACGUCUCUGGACGUCCUGUUAACGACAGCAUCCAUCCUGCACCUCUGCUGCAUUGCACUGGACAGGUAUUAUGCUAUCUGCUGCCAGCCUCUGGUCUACAGAAACAAGAUGACCCCGGUGAGAGUGGCAGUGAUGCUGAGUGGCUGCUGGCUCAUCCCCACAUUCAUCUCCUUCUUGCCCAUCAUGCAAAGCUGGAACGCCAUCGGCAUCGAGGACAUUAUUGAGGAGAGGCGAGCUUUGACAGGAGGCUCCAACGACACAAGCUGCGUGUUUCUGGUCAACCAGCCUUACGCCCUGAUCUGUUCUGCAGUGGCUUUUUACGUCCCUUUGGCCCUCAUGGUCCUGGCCUACCAGCGUAUCUACGUCACUGCCAUGACCCACGUGCGGCAGAUUGAGACGCUGCAGCGUGCUGGCUCUGCUCCCGUUACUGGGACGGCUCCUGUCAUCACUGUGAGGUCCUCCACUUCCUCAGAUCCUUCGGAGCACUACCAUCUUAGGACAACAAUGGGUUCCUCCUCUUCAGAGCAGGCUCCUAUAGCGAACAGCCGCAUGCGUGUUGAGACUAAGGCGGCAAAGACGCUGGCGGUUAUAAUGGGUUGUUUCUGCCUGUGCUGGGCGCCGUUCUUCAUCACCAAUGUGGUGGACCCAUUCAUUCAUUACUCAGUGCCCUGGCAGCUGUGGACAGCCUGGCUGUGGCUUGGGUACAUUAACUCAGGGUUGAACCCCUUCCUGUAUGCCUUUCUGAACCGGGCGUUUCGGAGGGCGUUUCUGGUGAUCCUCUGCUGUGAUGAUGAGCGAUACGCACGGCAGGGGAGCUGCUCCUAUAGACAAACCCAUAGAGCGUGUUCUGCUGCGUCGGUCAACGGGACGUCCAUGGCACUGAGAUUAUCCUUCCUGCCAAACCGGAGCUACAGCGACAACGGGCGGACGAUACUGGCCAACGAGCAGGAGUCCCAGGACUCUCUUGGAACGCUAUGAGGAAGACGUUACAUUGACAGAGCUGUAAUAUUAAGCAUGAGGACCUUUGAGUUCUAAGCCUCUGUGAUCUCAACAGUCUGCUGUGAUCCAACCUGACUGGUCCGUUUAUGAGGAUGUUGUCUUACCUGGAUAUUCAGUGUGUGAUAAAGCAUCAUCAUUUUAUGUGACUUAUAUAUAUAUAAAUAUAUAUAUAUAUAAAAUAUGUUGAUGUUGUCCGGGGCAAUUCAAAAGUUAGUGGCACUACUGCUGGUCAUAAGCCAAGGACAGAAAAAAAUGCCCCCCGAUUAAAGCAUAUUGGUGCAGAAGUACUGAGAGUAUUUGUGUCCAUGGACUGAAAAACACUGUCAAUAUGUUUCCAGUUCUGCUCUCAUUCUGAAAUCUGUGAAGAAUUGUUCUUCUCACUCCAACAUCUGGAUCAUAGGAUGCGAAGAUCAAGUCAGGGGGUCCAGAAAACGAUGGCAAACUACAAGCCAAACUGUGGCCAACAAGAUGGAAGAAGAAAGAGGUCUCAUCUGCAUUUUAACCUCUCUGAUGACAUUCCAUCAUACUGUAAAACUGGCAUCCUCUGGCGCCAUGUUAGGGAGGAAAAACAAGGUAUGACAGAGCUAUCUGCCAGCUGGUCACAGAGGUGACUGCAGGUCUUUUCAGUUAAAGACAUUGUAUUGUAUACUUACCUUUUAGCAGCAUCAGUUGUCUUCAAUAGGACUCUCCAACAAAGACAGCACUCUGAAACUGCUGGAUUCAACACAUUAUUUGUAUCCGUCAAUUACUAUUUUAAAAUAGCUAUAAACAAAACACCAAAGACUGAGCAUGUGGAAAUAGAAUAAAAUUCACAGAGGCAUUUUGUGAUGAAAUACAGCCGCAUAAAAAUGUUUGAAUUGGGAUGAAACACAAACCAACCUUACAUUUUCACGCCACAUAAAAUAAAGUUUCCAAUCUGUUGCAUCUCUGACCACAUCCAACAGUGAUGUCAUGUUGUAGUGCAGUUCUAUGUCACUGCAGCACAGUGGGAAUUUUAAAUGCCAGUGUCCCAGUAAUCCUGCAAGAAGUGACACAUGCAAGAAUUCACUUUUUUUUGUAAAGUAAUAAGAGGAUUUUGUUCCAAAGCACUGAACGUACAUUCAAACAGACUCGCUACCAUAUUCGUAUCUCAAAUAGUAAACGUCUCUUCAAUCUGACAAAAACAAAUAAAUUAGUCUCGCAUUGCCAAAUCUUCAUCAAAACUUAUAGGCAGGAGAAGUGGAAAGGGAGGAGAAUGCCACCUGGAAUAGACAACCAAUGGGAGGCUUAUACCUACAGUCUACAGCUGGUCAGACUGUGUCUGAUUAACAGCCUGUGAAAUGAGCACAGUGUCAUUAUGAAAUGUGACAUGAUUAAAAACAUUACAAAUUCAGAAACAUAUUUUGGCAUGAUAUGAUACUGAUAUGAUGAUGUCAAUAUCAUGUGAUAUUUUUGUUGGCAAAAAUUUUAAAAUUUGCAAAGAGGCUAAAUGUUUUUUUCCUGAAUAUUCACAUCUUUGUGGAUUUUUUUUUCUUAUUUUUCAACCCCAUGAAAAUUAUAAGGCUGAAAAUGUUCUGUAUUUCCUUAUUGAUUACAAAUCCAAUGAAACAAUCAAAACCAAAAAUGCGUCAGUCCAUCUCUCAACACUUUGUGACCUCACUAACCUCUCACAAAUAAUUUCCUAAAGCAGCUGGGUACUAGUGACAAGUUCACAUUACUCAGAGUGAAAUAAAAUGUCUCCAUAAAAUAGAUUUAACUCACUUUCAGUCUUUGAUGCUCAGUUUACAUAUCUGAACUCUCUCGCUCUGUCUGUCACAACACCUUUAGGUGAUCAACACUGAGGUGUGACACCAGCUCAGCCGCCUACUUUGUCAUCACUGAUAUCUACAUCUUCAUUUCAGUUUCUUUCUGCAUCGCUGCCUCAGAAAACAAGUUAACUCAUUGUUUUUAGGUACAACCUCAAAGUCCAGCUUCAAAGAUGAAGAGCUAAACGAAUGUCUUGUUACUAUGUGACAACCUAAUAGUCCACUGUGCUCCAUAUUUUAUGUUUAUUGUGAGGAGAUGAUAAAUAAACAGAGAAUUUGACAAUG